AUGCAUAGAAUGGCCGACGAACUCAAAACCUCAAGAAGGCGCGAACACCGGUGGAAACUGAUCCUCUGGAGUCCAAAAAACACCAAGGAAGAAGAAAGGAAGGAGACGAUCGAACAGAAUACAAGAUGGCCAAAGGAAUCACUUCCAAGCCAUUGGCGCGCACAACGAAAGAUCUCCGAAUCCACACGUUCAAAUCGCCUCAAACUUCACAAGGAGCCACAAAAUAUAAGGUUGGUCGAUGAAAUUUCAUUUCAGUACAAUGAAUUCCUUACAAUUCAAGAGAUGGCCGAUGGAGCAAAAUUUGGCCGAUCGCGAGCAAGUAAAAUGGCCGACAAUCCAAAUCACGGCAUUUACCGCGGCCACCGGCUCAAAUCACCUCCAUCAAGCAUCCACAUCGCAUCUAAAGAAGAAAAUCCGGAUUGGAACGAGCAGAAUUGGAGAAGGCCGAAGGAAGACGUUCCCGGAGCCAAUUUGAAAAUUUUUCAAAGGAGAUCUCAAACCACUCGUUCAAACGACCCCAUAUUCACCAGUCGCCAUAUUAUACAUAUUGGUCGACAAAAUUUCAAGAUAGGUCGAGGAAAUCUUCACCGGUUCGAGCUGUAG